GUCUCUUCGUCAUCCCAUUUCGAUUAAUUCUCAUCUUCAAGCUUUGAAAAUGGCGGACGAUUUGCAACUCGAUUUGCAGGAGCUUCGUACCCUUCUAAGCAUCGCUAAGAGGCCCCGCGUCGCCUCUCUAAUUUCCUCUGAAAUCCGUAACUUGGAAGAGAAAUCAAAAGAAGAAAAUGCUUCCUCUGUAGAAACCCAAGUUCCGGUUCCAGCUUCAACUCCUAUUCCCACACCAAUUCCCAUUUCAUCUGUUAAAGCAGUAUCUGUCCCUGCACUGAAGUAUGUUUCAAUUGACACUUUCAGCUGGGAUCAAGAUAGUGACAAAGUUAAGAUAUAUGUCUCUUUGGAGGGUGUUGACCAAGAGAAAGUGGAGAAGGUUUUCAAUACCAUGUCAAUUGAUAUCAAAUUACAUGAUGUCAAAGGGAAGGACUAUAGAUGUGUUAUUUUGAAAUUGAACAAAGAAAUUGUUCCUGAAAAGUGUAAGCUGAUAGUUAAGCCCAAUAGGAUUGUUAUCAGCUUGUGGAAAGCUUCAAAGGGUAAUUGGUUAGAUUUGCACUUCAAGGAGGACAAGCUUACACCAAAUCUGGACAAGAACCGUGAUCCUAUGGCUGGAAUUAUGGACAUGAUGAAGAACAUGUACGAAGGUGGUGAUGAAGAAAUGAAACGAACUAUUGCUAAAGCAUGGACUGAUGCUCGAUCGGGGAAAACUGCUGAUCCUUUGAAAGGAUACGGGAAGUUCUAAAUGAAAGCAAUAGAACUCAAUUUUGGCAUGCUUUUUCAGCAAUCUGGUUUUAGAAUAUGAAGUCUAAAGUAUGUGGUUUAUGUUUUGUUGAUCAUUCACUAUCACAUCAGGAAUGAUCAGAAGUGUCAAAAAAAAAAUGAUGCUUUAAUUGUGGUUUUGUUAAAACUAUAUAAGAUUGGUAUUUUGCUAU